AUCCAAAAAUCAUUCGCACUUGAACAGCCCUCAAAGCAGUAUCAACUAUUUCUAUUUCGUCAACCAUCAACAUAAAUAAAACUCAAAAAAUGAAUACCAUCAUGAAAAUCACGAUCUUCGCCGUCGCAAUGUUCGCCUCGUCCACGAUGACCACUGCUAAACCAGCCGGACUAGUGCCAGCUGCAGUUGCACCGGUGGCCGUGGCCGCACCAUACGCCAGCUCGUUCACGUCGCACAGCGUUGCUCACUCCGUGGCCACUCCGGUUGUGCCGGCCGCAGCACCCGCUGUGUACGCACCAUCCGCGCCGUACGUAGCAGCUGCGCCGUACGUCGCGUCUCCUUACUCCGCCGCGCCAUACGUACCGGCACCUUAUGCCGCCUCGCCGUACGGCUAUUACCCGUACGCCGCCCCCGCUGUCCUGCCCGCUUACCUGUGAGUCGAACGAACGGUAGCUGCAGUCGAUUGCACAAGAGCUUUCGCGCGUCGUAUGAAUUAAAUGUAUGACACGUCGGAAGACUUGUGCAACAAGAAGACAAAUUCUGUUUUUUUUUUCGAUCAUUUUUGUUUGUAAUUAUAUUAUUAAAAAAAAAGGGAAAAAAAAUACGAGAACAAAAAUAAUAUUGUAAUAAUGAUAAAUAAUCGCGUACAGCACACAAUGUCUGGCGCGUUCCGUUUUCUUAAAUAAAUAAAAUACACACACAUGUUAUUAUAAUGAA